CGCCAAACUCGACUUUUUCUCGCUGCCCGGUUCAUCUAACUUCCUAGCCGUGCCUACCCAUGGUAUCACGUCCCGGCGCCGAACGCCAACACCCACGCCGUCCCCUGAACCACGCACCCGGGCUGCUACAUCGCUGGGCGAGAGGCUGGGUUGACGGCAAGCCACCAUGUUGGACAACAGCUCAUGAGAGUCUCCAGCCGAUUUGACGGGUCGAUAUGCGGCGCGAUCCUUUCCUUGCACCGCCCGUCGCUGUCGUUGUUUUCGUCGUCGAACCGGUCUGCCGCCACUGCUUCCUUCUCUGCUGGUUCCACCCAUAAUAGCCUCAGUGAAGGCCCAAGACGAAGUGCCCAUCGCCGGUACACCGUGUGCUCGGUCCGGCGCCGCCCGGUGCUGGCCCUUCCAUCUCUCCGAUUUUCGACCGAUACCCGCUCGCGCAGCUCCCCCGGGCCCUCCAUACCCCCCACGCGUGAGAGCCAUACCGCCGCAGCGGCCGAGGAAGAUCUCGAGCCCGAAUUUGAUGGCGAUGACACCGUGCAAAACUCCGCCCCGCGCAAGCCGAGGCGACUGCGCAGCUUAACCAAGAAGGAAUUGCUCGCGUUGGUCGACGAUUACGAUGGCGAAGAGAUCGGCCCGGUUGAUGAGUACUUGGAGUAUCUCCGCGACCCCUACAUGCGGGGCUAUGCGCAGCCCGACACCCAGCAUAUCACCUUUGCGCGCACCAUCGAGGACGUUGCCUACCCGUCCCUCGAGCAGGUGAUCCGGGCCGGCGAAGAGGAGCAGCAAACCCUCUGGGAGCUCCGCUUCGCCGUGCUUACCCGGCUCCGGAGCCCUCACAAGGUCGAUCUCGACCACAUCUACGAGAUCUACCAGCGCCUCCCGGAACCGCGCAUGCUCUACAUACACGCCCGCUUCCGCCACCAGCUGUUGCGUGUCUUCGGUCAGCCCGACGAGCGGGACUCCGGAUCUAUGUUGCGAUACUUCGCCCUCAUCGCGGACGUCAAGAACACGGGCAUUCCCCUGACCACCUCCGAGUGGAACUGUGCGAUCAAUUUUGCCACCAGAUAUGUCGGCACUGUGACCGAGACCGAGGUCGAGGCGGCCCUGAAGCUGUGGCGCGAGAUGGAGUGCGACGCCGGCAUCAAGGCCACCAAUGUAACCUUCAACAUCCUCUUCGACGUUGCCUGCAAGGCGGGCAACUUUACGCUGGCCGAGAUGAUCUACCGCGAGAUGGAAGGACGCGGCCACCACUACAACCGCUACCACUACACCAGCCUGAUCCACUUCUUCGGCCUCAAGCACGAGACGAGCGGGAUGCGCGCCGCCUACAAGGAGAUGGUCAACGCCGGCGAGAUGAUCGACACGGUGGUGCUCAACGCCAUGAUCAGCGGCCUGCUGCGGUCGGGCGAGGAGGCCCCCGCCGAGCGGCUGUACGAGCGCAUGAAGGCCGCCAGCCUCGACAGGGUCGGCGACGGCGACAGCACCGACGGCGGUCCCGGCGUGCCCGUCCGCACGCCCACAUCGGACCGCGCCAUCACCCAGGCGCUGCUCAUGUUCGCCAAGAUCGGCCGGCGGCACCCGCCGUCGCGGCCCGCGCUGCAGCGGAUGGCGCCGCUCGCGCCGGACCUGCAGACCUACCGCAUCCUGGUCAACCACUACGGCGUCAAGCGCGGCGACCUGGCCAAGACGGCCGCCUACAUCGACGAGAUGAAGUUCUUCAAGAUCCCGCUGCACCACGCCAUCUUCCUGGCCCUGUUCAAGGGCUUCGCCCACCACGGCGGCUACCCGCGCUCGCCCUGGAGCGAGCGCCGCCUAACGGGCAUCUGGAACGCCCUGCUCGACGCCCUCGACGCCGGCGCCGCCGGCCUCGAGGUCAAGAAGUGGCUCGCCAUGUGGGCGCUGCGCGCCUUCGCGCGCUGCUCCACCCGCGCCCGCGUGCUGGACGUGUACGAGGCGCUCAAGGCGCGGUGGAGCCUGAGCCAGGCGGACGAGCAGUUCAUGGUGGAUUUCUUGGGUAGUCUUGUGAAUAAGCGGAAGUGAUAGCUUCACGAGCAUGGCAUCGAUGGGCAGGGGUUAUAUAACUGUACUUGAAAAGGGAUAGGGCGCCUGACCUGGGUCGUGGCAUGUUCACCGGAGGCCCGGCAGCUGGGUGCUGAUUUGUAUGAUAUUGUGUAUAUAUGCCUCUGCUAUGAGUGAACCAUAGAGGGCAGCCCAGGGCGAAGCGCAGCUUGACGGCAUGAAUAGAGCGUGAUCAAAGAUCAGUUGAAGCCUCUUGUUGGGUUGUGAUUACUUGUCUCGCAGCAAAUACAGACAGACUGGAGAAAAAAAAAAAAGAAAAAGAAAAAGAAAAAGAAAAAAAAAAAGAAAAAAAGAGAGAAAAAAAUAAUCAACCUAAUCGUACACGGGUAUCGUCUAUCGCAG